CCACCUUCAACCGUAACAUUUAUACGACACAUGAAGAAGAAGAACCCGGAAGUGCUGUGUGUUGUCUGCCUACCUGGCUGCUCGUACCUGCACGUUUAGUUUAGUUUCACCAGGUAAAACGUGUCUGGCGGAGCGGCUGAAGACACAACAUGCUCCCGGGUUGAAGAGAGACUGUAUCGGUCCAGGAUGUGUGCUAAACUGGAGGCGGUGAAGCUGCAGGUGACCGACAGACUGAAGACAGCAGCGGAGGAGAUCUACAGCUCUCUGGAGGAGAAGCUGCUGAUUACUGCAGAUAUGACACCUGAACAGCAGAGAGCAGCUGUACACAAGCGUCUGUCGGCGGUUGCUGACGAGAUCUUCAGGAUCCUGGAGAGAAUGAUGGGAGAAGUCUCCAGUUCCCACGAGGAGGUCGAACGCCAACGCCAACUGAUGAGCAUCACGUUGAAAACGGAGACAAAUGUACACAGAACAGACAGACUGCCUCUCUCUGGGUCGGACGGUGAGAAGGACACUUCCUCUGAGCAGAGCCGGAGCUCCAGUCAGGUCCAGAAAACAUCAAAUCUGCCACAGAGUAAAGACGCGUCGACGGAGACAGACCGCGAGUUUAACCACGGUAGACCUUCACAUCUUUGGGCAGAAAAGGGCACCUCGACUAUGAUGGAAACAGAGACGCUGCCACUUGGAGACCAAGAGGUUCUCUCAUCAGACAAUUCAGAAGCUACGAGUGAAGAUGAUGACAGUGAUAAAGAGAAACAUCUCAAAUCAAACAAAAGAAAAACAUCUCAAAGUCAGCAUGAGGAUUGUUGCAAAACGUGUGGAAGGUCUUUCCUCAAAAGUGUUGCUACGAAGAAAAUAAAAAAGCAGGAAAUUUCUACAACAAACAAGAGCCAAACGGCAGGACAGAGUUGUUGCAGAGUGUGUGGAAAGUUUUUCCGGUACAAACGAUCUUUUCUGAAACACGUACUUACACACGAACAGAGCUCAGAUCUGUGCGGAGCCUGUGGGAAACAUCUGGACCCCGAAGAGAGCUUGAAGGUGCAUUUACAAACCCACAACGAAGAGAACAGCUGCAGGGAUCAAACGGAGGACAAACAGUCGGAGGCGGAGGGCUCUGACGCUGAGAGUAAAGAGGAUGACAGUGAUGAGGAGUGGAUGGACAGUGAAGGAAGUGAGAGUGACGAUGGAGACAGUGAGAAAGAUGACACCAAAGAACAAAAGUCAAGAACAAAAGGAUCAAACAAACCUAAAGGACUUAAGAAUAAGGAGGAUUUAUCGCAUCUGAAAUACCGCUGUAAAGUCUGUGGCAAGUCUUUCUCCUACAGAGCCUCGUUUUUGAAGCAUGUUCAAGAAGACGAGGGGGAUGCAGAUCUUUGUGGCGUGUGCGGGAAGCGUUUUGAGUCCGAGGACAGCUUGAGGCUUCACUUGCAAACUUACAUCCGAACGAAUGACUGUGAGGUUUGCGGCAAACACUUUGAGAGCCACAAACAGCUGGAGAUGCACAUGAGAACGCACACGGGAGAGAAGCCGUACAUCUGCAGCGUCUGCGGCAAGGCGUUCGCCCAAAACGGAAACCUGAUGGGACACAUGAGAGUCCACACGGGGGAGAAACCGUACAUCUGCAGCGUGUGCGGUCAGAGCUUCAGCUUUAAAGAGUACAUGAUGGCUCACAUGAGGAUCCACACGGGGGAGAAACCGUUCCUCUGCAGCGUCUGCGGGAAAGGGUUCAGGCAGAGGGGAACUCUGAAGACGCACAUGAUGAUCCACACGGGAGAGUCCACGCACCGGUGCGGCGUGUGCGACAAGAAGUUCUACAAGAGCGGAGCGCUGAAGAUCCACAUGAGGUCGCACACGGGAGAGAAGCCGUACCUCUGCAACGUUUGCGGGAAAAGCUUCUCGGCGAGCGGCUCGCUGACCAAACACAUGGGCGUCCACGAGGGGGAGCGGACGCACGGCUGUGGCGUCUGCGGCAAAGGAUUCGUGAGGAAGGAGGAUCUGAAGAGACACGUUCAGACUCACGAGGAUGAAUCCACACAGCUGACGAGCCUUUAAUGCCAGCUAAAGGAACAGUUCAACAUUCGAUCGACAGAAAAUUAUUUAAAGUCAUUUUACAAGAAAAAUUACCAAACCUUGUUUUUCCGUCUUAUGUGAUGGUGAAUUGAUCUUUUGUGGCUUUUGGACUGUCAAAUUGGACAUAAAAAAAGACAUUAUCUUCAGGAAAUUUGCAUUUUUCACAAUUUUUCUGACAUUUAUUAUGUUAUAUUUAUUGCAUUUAUCGACAUUAUUCUGUCAGUCUUGCUUUAUCAUUUUGAUUGUUGUCGGAAAAGUAAUGAUACUGCCAAAUUGGGGCCCGUAAAGGCGGGAUCUCUGUCAUCUGUCAUAUGUCAAAAGAAUGGCCACUGUACUGUAUAUCAUAUGAAAUGUUACUAGUUAUAUGUCUUUGAUAGAUAAAACUGAAGCACCAUAUGCAUGAUGUUAGUCUGAUCACUUAUCAAAAUGAUUAUACUCAACAAGAUUUUUUUUUUAUUAUUCAAAAGAGAGUUUGUCUUAAUGGAAAUAUGUUACACAACAAAUAUUUUGUUUUACACUAGUAUUUUUAAUUGUUUCAGAUUUUAUUUUUAUUAAUUUCACAACUUGUCUUUUAUUACCAAUUUCUUAUAGAAUGGUGCUACAGUAUGCUGUUUAAUCAUCAAUAUAUGCAGGAAAUCUGUCUUAAUGUUAACAUUGUUUUGAAGAUGCAGCCUGAGAACAAUGCCUCAGUUUAUAAAAAAUAAAAUAAAACCAUAAUAUAUAUAAUUAUUAUUGACAUUUGAGCCAUUAUUUCCCUGUUCAUGAUCUUUUGAUUUUAUCCUGAAUUGUGAAGCAUUUUGUUAAGUCUGUUUCAAUAUGACAGCAAAAAAUAAUCAUUAAUAACCUGUGACAUUUAAUAGUGAUGAUUGAGAUAUCACUGCAGUGAUGUUUGACAGCAUAGUGUGUCCCACGGGCCGAUGACAUACUAUAAAAGUCGAAGUCGUGAAAAA